CUUAGUGCAGUUUACAUUUCUUUGUGUUAGCUUGAAGUACUCCAAAAUCGUAAGAUGAAGUUUUUGCUGCUGCUGGCUGUGCUCGCUGCCUUUGUGGCUAGUUCCCUGGGCCUGAAACACUUCAUUUGUGAUCUUCCAAGUUCCCAAAAUGGAGAUGGAGUCGCGGCAUGCAUGGCGUACAGUCCCCGUUGGUCCUACGAUGGAAACUCGUGCGUGCGGUUCAACUAUGGGGGCUGUGGUGGAAAUUUAAAUCGUUUCGGAUCUAGGGAGCUAUGUGAAAGAUGGUGUAUUGAAUAUCACCCAUCACCUUACCCAUUGUUAUACCUACAUGAUUUUGGAAUUAAUUUGGAGUGAAUCAAAGUGCAAAAUAAAUGAGUGGCCGCUUCCACAAUGAACAAAAUAACACGAUAAAA